AUGUGCGAGUGGCUGUCGCGCGAGGAGUGGUGCGACGUGAGCUUGCUGUGCGGCGGCCGCGCGUUCGGCGCCCACCGCGCCGUGCUUGCUAGCGUCAGCUGCUUCCUCAGGCGGAUCCUGCUUUCUUGUCCUAUAGAAGACACACCGACGUUAAUUGUCUUGCCCGACUUCGACCUAGAAGCCUUGUCGGCGGUCCUUUAUUACAUUUACAACGGCGAAGUGACGAUGCCGAGACAUAUAGUCGAUAAGUUUUUGGAUAUCGUGAAAGCCAUGCAAAUUUUCGUCGACCGGCAAUAUUUGACGAAACUCUCUAUUAAUAUUGACAUUGAUUAUAAUGUAAGCAAACGAAUACCUAACGAUACAAGUGUAUUUGUAUUACGCUCCGAGAAAGAUAGUUCGUCACUAGUAAAUUUUAGGAAAUCAAAUCAGCAUACGGCUUCACGCAAUACAAAAGAUGCUACAGAUUAUAAAGACUGUAAACAAGCGUUUCGGAAUUGGAAUGAACAUUUUAAGCCCGUUUUGGGAAAUCUGCAAUCGUCGCAUGAAGACCGACAAAGAGACUAUUUUCUACGUGAUUCAUUUAUGGAGACAUAUCCUCGAAACCGUAACGUUAACGGUCGGGCGGCGGGCGUGCCAGCAAUACCAAACAUAUGCUAUCGCUCACCGACAUCUCUGUUCUUGACGAAUGCAAAUGUGAAUGGAUCUUUUAGCCCUGACACGGUGAAUUUACUAUCCGAUGGUGCAUCUAGUCAUAUGCCUUUUAAUUUAAGAUUAACAAGUAAACAACAGGAUAACUUGACCAUAACGGAGCUUAAUAGAAAACUGUCUAAUUUAAGUAACCUUUGGACGGGACCAGUAUCGUCAUCUUCUACGGAGACGUUGCGAAAUAAUUCUAAACAUAGGUCGUAUUUAGACCUUAGCAUAUUACAGAAAGCUCAUACAGCUAUGCCGACAUUUGUUGCAAAAAAUUAUUUGACUAAGACAGACUGCAUGGAGACAAAAGUUGAAAAAAGUAUACCAGUUAACAGCCAGCAUAAGGUGGCGAUCUUAAAUAAAGCCUUGGAUAGUCCCUGGUGUCCUCGAUUACCUAACAGCUACAGACCCUUUCGAAGAAAAGGACCCAGUUUGAAUGGUCAUUUUCCAAAUGAUAGUAAUAACAACGUCCAUGUCAUGCCCACAAUACUGAAGGAUGAACGUUUGGAGAGUCCGGCUGAUCUAUGUCAUAGUGGUCAUUUCAUACCGAAUACAGCUUCAUCUGCCGAAGAUAGCAAAUACUCGGAUAAUAAUCAGCAACCGCCAACUCGCGGCCGCUACGCCUGCAAUGAAUGUGGCAAGACCUUCUCGCAGCUUCGGAACUUCAAGUACCACAUGUCGGUGCACCGCGGUACCCGCGAGUUUGCCGCCUCCUGCGCCGUGUGCGGCAAGUCUUUCAACGACCGCGGCUAUCUCAGUAGCCACAUGAAGAUACACAGAAACCGCAAGGAAUACAAAUGUUCGCAAUGUCCGAAAUCAUUCAAUCAACGAGUCGCCUACAACAUGCAUGUGCGAAUACACACAGGAGUGAAACCUCACGUUUGCCCCACGUGUGGCAAGGCGUUUUCACGCAAGAUGCUCCUGAAGCAGCAUCAACGCACUCACUCCGGGGAGCGGCCCUACGCCUGCCCACACUGCGAGAAGCGCUUUGCUGAUCGAUCUAACAUGACUUUGCAUCUUCGGCUUCACACAGGCGUGAAGCCCUUCAAAUGCCCAAUGUGUCCCAAAUCGUUCACAAAAAAGCAUCAUCUCAAGUCACACGUCAACUUUCACACCGGGGCUAAACCAUAUUCGUGUCCGCGGUGCAGUCUAGCCUUCACGCAGUCUUCAAACAUGAGGACCCAUUUGAAGAGGUGUACUGCCCCAGAACCCACUACUGGAACUUCGGAGAACUCUACAUAAUGAAAUGACCUACGACAG